AGGAGAUAUAAGAAUGUGACUUUUCUGCCAAGGAUGAAUGAAACAGAAGCAGCAGCUGUUGCUGCUUUUCAGCAACUUCCAGCAAGAUGCCCUUUGCAAGCAGCUCUUCCAGGACCCAACGGCACAAACUGAUAUUGAUAGGGACCAUGGUUGUUUUGGUUGCAUUAGUGACUGCUGUGUUGCUUGCUGUGCUCAUACCUGGAAGGAAAGGAAGCCCUAGCUCAGAAGUAUUGCAGUGGAAAGGCCAAGGGACCACUAAAGAGCUACAUGAAAUCGUCUUGGGGAGAUGUUACAACUACAUUGCCAUAGUGAAUCCUGAGCUCAGAGACAAAGACUGCCUCAAAAUUUGGGAGCUAUUUCAAAACGCCUUUAUGUACAAGCACCCAUGCAGGGCGACAGAGGAAGAUUUCCAGCCUCUGAUGGACCUGGCCAGACAAUCCAUUCCAUGUAACAAGUCGCUGUUUUGGAGCAAGACAAAAGACCUUGCACACCGUUACACAAAAACUCAUCAUGAUUUCCUCACGUUGGAAGACACUUUACUAGGCUACAUGGCAGAUGGGCUCUCAUGGUGUGGAGACCCCUCCAGCCCAGGAGUCAACUACGAAUCUUGCCCCCAAUGGACUGAGUGUGAGAAUAACCCUGGUUCAAUGUACUGGAAAAUGUCAUCCAAGAUGUUUGCAGAAGCAGCCUGUGGUAUAAUUCAAGUGAUGCUUAAUGGUUCCAUAGAAGCUGGAGCAUUCAGAAACAACAGCAUUUUUGGCAGUGUUGAAGUUGUUAACUUAAAUCCGAAUAAAGUCUCCAAGAUGCAAAUUUGGCUUAUGCAGAACAUUGAUGGACCACAAAGGGAAACAUGCACGGGCCAAUCCAUUUUAAAGCUGAAAGCUAUCCUAGAAAGCCGAAAGAUAAGUGUCUCUUGUGAAGAUAAUUACAGCAAAUGAUCUCUGGACAAGGAGCAAGAAGUUCUCUACAACUAACAAGACUCUCCUGAAGUUGGCAUCACUUGGACAAUCUUCCAAGUACAAACUCUUCCGGACAAGUUCAAGAGGGGUUUUAUUUGAAGUUGCAAUGGGAUAGGAUAUGGCACCACGCCUUGAAGGACUGUUUUGAAGGGACAAAAUGUUAUUGCACUGAAUAGGUUUUAUUCCUUUACAUAUGGGAAACCGUUGGGGUUAUUUAAUAAAGGAAAAUCCAAAUGCAGUAGACAUCAGAUUAGUCUACCUGCUCUGGAAGGUAGGUAGCCGUGUUGGUCUGCCAUAAUCAAAACAAAAUAAAAAAAUUCCU